CUCUCCGGGUCCUGUAACAGAGCGUCGCUGACCCCGGAAAGGGUGGCCGAAACCAGCUGCUGCAUCCGGCGCUCUGGGUCACAGUGGGGACUGCGGAACGCAGAGGGUCAGGCAGCGAGUGCGGCAGACUGGGGGUCGUGGCUGGUCAGAUUCUCGUCCCGCAGGGUCGGAUCAGUCGCCCCCGCAGUUGUCUAGAGACUGUCGCUUGCAGAGAGCGAGUGUCCUGUGCGGCCAGUUUGAGUAAAAUUUAGUGACAUUUCCCCUUAACCCGCGGCAACGUCACCCACACAGCUGGCCGAAGACUGCCGGAAUAUGGAUCAGAAACUUUCACAGUUGAUAGAGGAGCUCACAACCUCAGGAGAAUCCCAACUGAAUGCUCAGAAAAUGAAGGAACUGAAGAAAAUUUGCAAGUCUUCAGAGGAGCAGCUGAGCCAUGCCUACCACCUGCUGACAACACAACUGGCCCAGGACCAUGCUGAGAUCCGCCUGUCAGCCUUCCAGAUCGUGGACGAGCUCUUCACCCGGUCUCAUCAGUUCAGAGUGCUGCUUGUUUCUGACUUCCAGGAGUUCCUAGAACUCACACUGGGCACAGAUAGUGACCAUCCCUUGCCACCCCCUCGGGAGGCAGCUCAGAGGCUAAGGCAGGCAGCCAUGCAAGCAGUGGAAGGUUGGAAUGAGAAGUUUGGGGAGGCCUAUAAGAAGCUAGCCUUGGGCUACCACUUUCUAAAACACACCCAAAAGGUGGAUUUUCGGGAUAUAAACGUUAGGACUGUGGCAGAAAGGAAGCGAGAAGAGGAGAAGCAGAAGCACUUGGAUAAAAUCCACAGAGAAAGUGCUGACCGGGCUAAGAGGGAAAUGGAAGAAAUGUCUGAUGAAAUUGGAUGCUGCCUGACAGAAGUGGAGAACUGCUUUAAGCUGCUGGUACCUUUGGAUUUUGUUCCAUACCCAGAGGAUAAAUUCCUUGGUGAGGCAUCUGGCAUUACAGACAGCCAUGCUCCUUGCACCUUGAGCCGGGACCUGGCAACUCCCCGUGAGUUUGGUCUCUCUGGACCCCAGAAUGAAGAGCAGCCGUGCUGUAGCAAGGACCUGGUUGCCUCUGCAUACCAUGUAGGAUCUGUCUCUGGUCUGAAGGCACUAGCGCAAACAGCCACGAAAGACACCUCCAGGGACGAAGACGAACACAGCGACCCAGAGGAUUUCCUGCGGAGCCAUGGGCUGGGUUCCCACAAGUACACGCUGGAUGUGGAAGUCCCCUCAGAUGGUCUGAAGGUACAGGAGAGUGAGGACAACCUCGCUGUCCUCCAUGCUGCUCGAGAUGCGCUCAAACUCAUCCAGAACAAGUUUCUGCCCAGUGUGUGCUCCUGGGUCCAGCGGUUUACCCGUGCAGGGACCCACAGUGGACAUUUAAAACAGGCCAUUGACCUGAAAAUGGAACUGGAACUCGCUCUGAAGAAAUAUGAAGAACUGAACAUUGAGCCUGUGAGAGGACAAAGGAGCAGGAUGGAAGCACUGGAAGACAGUGAGGAUGAGGACCAGGACUUCGUGGAGGUCCCAGAGAAAGAGGGUUAUGAGCCUCGAAUCCCUGACCAUCUACGAGCUGAAUAUGGGCUGGAGCCAAAGGCCCCACUGAAGACUCUGGAGAAAGGUACAGCUGUAUGUAGCUUACAGGAGAGAACCAGGACGAGAAAGGAAGAAGAGGCCUCAGACCCCACCUCUGCAGCUGCCCAGAUGUUACGGCUCCAGGACUGCUUGUCAUCUCCCUCCCCCACCUCCAACAGGGUACUUCCUGGGCCAGAGGAAGCCCAGAAGCAAGCAGAGCGAGCCCGAGCACCCAUUGUACCCUUCGGAGUGGACCUGUGUUACUGGGGCCAGGAGCAGCUAACAGCUGGGAAGAUUCUUAAAUCUGACUCUCAACACCGCUUCUGGAAACCCAGCGAGGUGGAGGAAGAGGUGGACAGUGCCCAUGUUUCUGAGAUGCUCCAUUGCCGACACAUUACCUUUUCAGGGAAGUUUGAGCCUGUGCAGCACAAGUGCCGGGCCCUGAAGCCUAAUGGCAGGCUCUGUGAGCGCCAGGAUCGGCUGAAGUGCCCGUUCCAUGGGAAGAUCAUCCCCAGAGAUGACAAGGGGCAGCCUCUCAACCCAGAAGACAGAGCACGUGAACAAAGGCAGCAGCUUCAGCAGCAACAGGCACAUCCAGCUUGGCAGGACCCUGAGUUUAUGAAGGACGUGGAAGCAGCCACAGGGGUGGACCUUGGUUCAUCCAGGUAUAGCAAGAAGGGCAAAGGGAAGAAGAAGAAGCACCCCAACCUCACAGACCUGCGAGAGCGCGCCAACACUUCCCGGGCCCGCCUUGAGAAGAAGGUCUUUGCCAAGGCAGCCGUGCAAAGAGUAGUUGCUGCCAUGAACCAGAUGGACCAGAAGAAACACGAGAAGUUUGCAAACCAAUUUAAUUAUGCACUGAAGUAAAAGGGUGUGGGUGUGCUGGAUGUGCUGCGGUCCCCUUCGGCUGUCGGCUCUCCUCCUCUCAUUAGCUUACUAGGGUAGGGUGGAGAACAGGUAUAGGUCUGAGUAGAGUCAGAGCUUGUUCUUUUCUGUAUAUAACAAUGGAGUGAUGCAUUAAAAUAUUCUCUAGGAGGCCAGGGAAUAUGGUUUACUGGGGAGGCCAGGGUUUGAUUCCUAUUUUAACCAUACAUGUGGUACCACACCUAUAAUUCCAGCACUUGGAAGACAUAAACAGGACCGAGUCCUAGGGCAGUAUGGAUUACAGAGCAAGACUGCUUGAGAAACAAGAACAAAAAGCCAGAUGAGGUGAUGCACACCUAACACUUAGAAGGCAAGGCAGGGAGAUCAACACAAGUUAAAAGCUAACCUAGUUGCCAGGCAUGUUAGGCACAUCUUUAAUCCCAGCACUCAGAAGGCAAGGCAGGUGGACCUCUGACUCUGAGGCCAACCUAGUCUAUAGAGUGAGUUCCAGGACAGCCAGAGCUACACAGAACCCCUGUCUUGAAAACAAACAAACAAACAGCUAACCUAGUCUAAGUUGUAAGUUCUAAGCCAGCCAAACUUGCAUAAGCAGAGUAUGUCUCUGGGAACCCCUUCAGGAUAGCGUCCCUGCAUUGGAGUCGGAUAGGGGUAGGCACUCCAUCUAGUUGCAGGUCAGCCCUCGGGCAGUGGGCGUGUCCCUAGUAGUGCUAUGUACUUUAUAAUGCCUUCAGAAACCCACACUUUCAUGCAUAUGCUGUUUAAUACGCAUGUCCAACUCCUGGCACCACUCUGUGGACCAGCUCUGUUGAGCCCUAACUCACAUAUGCAGUCUACCUAAGUUAUGCACAGUGUAUAACCAGUGACACCAUCUGCUUCCAGAACUUUAGUACUCAGACAAACUGCCUGGCCACCUCUAAGCCUGCUUUCUAUUUCCGUGUUUGUGGUUUUUAGAAUAAUUGGAUCUGUGACUUUUGUUUUUGUUUUGUUUUGUUGAGAUGUAGUCUCUUUAUGUAGUUCUGGCAGUCUUAGAGCCUACAAUGUAGACCAGGCUGGUCUCCAACUCAGAGAUCCUCCAGCCUCUGCCUCUUCAGUACUGAGAUUAAGGGCGUGUCUCACCACUCCUUGCUGAGUGAGUACUAGGCCUUUUGUUCUGGCUUCUUUGCCUUUGUUUUUAAGGUUCUUCCAUGUUGCGAUACCAAUACUUCACUCCUGUUUCUUGCACAUAAAAACCACAGCAGAGGGCAAGGGGGAUGGCUAAGCAGGUAAAGCACUUGCCAUGGAAUUAUGAGGACUGAGUUAGAAUCCCCAACAUCCAUAUAGAAAUCAAGUGGUUAUGGUAGUCUGCCUGUAAUCCUGGCUUUGAUGAGAGGAGACAGGAUCCCUGGGGCAAACUCAGUAAGGACAGUAGCCCAAAUCAGUGCAUUCUGGAUACAGCAAGAGAUUCCACCUCUGUAAGUAGAGUGGAGAACAACCAAGGGAGACACCCAACUACAACCUCUGGCCUAUAAUAUGGAAAGGCACAUAUGCCCAUAGACAUCUGCCCACCCAUAGGCAAACACACGUGCACACACACACACAUUUACACACAUACACACACAAUCACAGUGAAUGGAGUCAUAUUUUGUCAUUGCCACAUCCACCCUCUCUUUUGAGACAUGGUCUAUGGGCAGGAUAGCCCAGCCUAUCCUGUAACUCAUUUUGAGAUCAGGCUGGCCUCGAGUUCACAGAGAACUGCCUGCUUCUGCCUCCGGAGUCCUGGGACUAAAGGUGCCACCGUGGCCUGUCUCUGUGGAUUGAUGAUCUGUUAUUGAUGUUUGGUCCCUUCCCACCUUAGGGCUACUGUGAAUAUCUGUGCUUGAGUUUUUAUGUAGACAGCUGUUUUUGUUCAUCACUGAUGCAUAUAGUAACUUCCUUUUGAUGGACGAAACUAUUGAAUGGUGGCGGCACCAUUUAUACUCACUCUCCUGUGCUUCCUGGGGGCUCCCUGCCAUCACUGGUGUCUUUGUUUCUUUUGGUUUUUUGAGAAUUCUAUACAAGAGUACUGUGUUCACAUCAUUUCCACCUCUCCUGCUCUCUCCAGAUUCUCCCAUGUCCUCCUUUCAAACCUCUGGUCUCUUCUUUAUCAUCACAUAUGACCAUAGCUGCAGUUGUCUUCAGCAGUAAGGUCUAACCUUCACAUCCUGGGAGGCAACUAAGGGCAGCAACAUUCAUCUACAUUAUUUUGGUAGUCUCUUAACUCCCUGACCACAACUUAGGAGGUUUCCUGUUCAUGUACUUGGAUUUUUGUUUAAUAAGUGUCCACUUAAAGACAAAAAAAAAAAUCACAUGAUUAUCUCAAUAGAUGCAGAAAACACCUCUGACAAAAUCCAAUAUAAUAAAAUAAUAAUAAUCCUAGAGAGACGAGGAGUAGAAGGAACAUGUAAAGAAAAAACCCAUCAAAACUGCAGCUGAUUUCUCAACAGAAGUUGUAAAAGGCAAAGGAGUCUGGACCAGGGAACUUCAAGGUCUAAAAGACCAUGGAUGCCAGCGUACAGUACUAUACCCAGCAAACUUUCUCCCAUAGUUGAGGGAAAAAGAAAAAUGUUCCAUGCUAUACACAAGCCAAAAGAAUUAAUGUCCACCAAACUAGUCCCAGAGAAUACCAGAAGCAAUUCUUUAGACUGAAGAGAGGAAAAAGGACAGUCAAAAAUGACAAGGAAAACAAGUGAAGCUGUAAUUACCAAAGCACAAAUGAGGAUGAAUGCAAAGAGCAAAACAGGAGCCAGCACACACCUUUAACCAGAACUAGAUUUUAAUGGCCUCAGCUCCUCGGCCACGACAGACUGCUUAGUUGAAUGGCUUGAGAACUUAGAUUUAAAGAUCAGGGCCACCUUAGAGCAUAAGGAUAAAAAAGUAUUCCAAGCAAAUACAAGCAGGGAGGAAGCAAGUGUCGCUACCUUUUUAUUUUAUUUUUUGAGACCGUGUCUUCCUAUGCAGUCCUAGCCUGCUAUAUAAACCAGGUGAGCCUUGCCUACAGAGAUCUGCCUGCUUCUGCCUUCCAAAUGGUGGAAUUAAGGACAAGGAGUCUUCAUUCUAAUCAAGAGAACAAUUGACUAUGAAUUCAUUACAGUUCUCUAGCACACCCAAUUUCAUAAGAAACAUGCCAUUGAAUUUAAAGACACAGAUUACUCCAGUUCAGUAUUAGUGGAACCCACUUUCUCCUGAAGACAGGUCAUCUGAACAAGAAAAGAAAGAAAGAAAGAGAGAAAGGAAGGAAGGAAGAAAGAGAAGAGAAAGAAUAGAGAUAUCAGGAUUAAAUGAUGUCAUUCAUCAAAUGGACCAAACACUAAAGAAUAUACAUUCUACACAGCAGGCCAGAUAUCCAAAAUUGAUCGUGCUGGCCGGAGGUGUAGUCCAUACCUUUAAUCCAGACACUCAGGGACACGGGCAAGCAAAUCUUGAGUUUGAGGCCAGCCUGGGCUACAGAAUGAGUUCCAAGAUAGCCAGGGCUACCCAGAGAAACACUGUCUCAAAAAUAAAUAAAGAAAAGUAAUAAACUAGACCACAUAAUUUGACACAAAACAUAUCUUAAGUUCAGAAAAAUUGAAAAAAUUAAUAUAUCUUACCUAAGCACAAUGCAGUAAAGCUUCAAUCAAUAGCCAACAAAUUCCUGGUAAUUACACAAGUCCAUGAAGAUUAAACAACACAUUACUAAAUAA